UGUUCAAAUGAGACGAAAGAAUCUCUAAAUAAUAACAACAAUAGUAAUAACAAUCGCGUAGAACAAAAUUUAAAAAAACCAGCUGCUGCAUCGUGUAUUGAACCAGAUGAUCUCAAUAAGAUCGAAUAUUUUCCUGAAUGUGCGAAUCUAAAUAAACAUAAAAGAACGAUAAAUAGCAUCAAACGAAGACGUCAAGCAUUAUACAAUCCAUCAACAGAGUUAGCUGGAAAUUUACCUGGAACUAUAAAUAACAAUUUAACGGUAGCCGUAGCAUCAUCAAGCAGAAAGAAAAUACCCAGAAUAAUGUCAAUAUAUGAACGUAGAUAUCAAACGGCCGAUGAUGGUCGUGGGAGUAGCGGAAUGACCGGUAAUAGUUAUUUGAGCGGCUCGCGUAACAAUGCUGUUAGUAGCGGUACAUCGGGCAGUGUAAUAAUGGCCGACGUUAACGAUAGUCAAGAGGUGACGAGUCAAUUUUAUUUAACCAAUUCUGGUAUCACGAACAAUGCAACCGGAUCAUUGAUGGGCAACGGCGGUACGAGUAUUAUUAAUCAUGCCCCCAGUAUGGCUACAUUAUGUAAUAUUGGUAAUACCUGCUAUUUAAAUUCCGUGGUUUACACGUUACGCUUUGCUCCGCAAUUUUUGCAUAAUUUGCAUCAUCUUUUGACCGAUUUAAAUGCCGUUCAACAGAAUAUAGCCCGAGCUCGGGCAAAAUCGGCAUCGUUAGGUCGUGGCAUGACAACCGCUCAUAUGGAGAAUGCACGCAGUUUUAGUAGUAAAGACUUAGCUUCAAUGGAACAGUAUUCAACGGCGGCAGCGAAUACAACAACGCCAACAACAGCUCUUUCUCAAGUUAUACAAAAGAGUAGUCAUCAAAUUUUGGCCGAGAAAUUGCAUGAACUCUUUCAGAGUCUAUAUCGUAAUGAGUUAAAUGAUUCGAUGGAGCCGCAUCAUGCCGACACAUUGUUGCAUGCAAUUCAAGAUGUUAGCACCAUAUUUGAAGGAAAUCAACAGCAGGAUGCCCAUGAGUUUCUUAUGUGCGUAUUAAAUAGUAUACGAGAGACAAGCCAAACUCUAAUCAAAGCUAUAGCCGAGUGUCCGGAUGUGAUAAUGAAUGGUUUUAUUACAAACCCUGAAGAAAUUGAUGCUAUGGAACGUGACAGCCAGAAUGCCAAAUAUAAUAGCAAUUGCAAUAGUGGAGGCAAUAGCAAUAACAAUAAUAAUGGUUCCACUUCAUCAGCACUUAGCUCUUUAACGAGCGCAAAACCUUCAUUAUUUUCGCGGAAAUCUAAGCGAAAAGAAGAAUUGAAAAAUUCCAAAAGUUCACGUUUACAAUCGCCAUUAAAAGAAGGUGUGGUAUCGGGCAACGUUGUCGGUGUCGGUGGCGGUGGCGGUGGCGGUGUCGGGCAAACAACUUUCUAUUUAAAUAGCAAUGAUCUCAAUUCGUCAUCAACGGCGCCUACAGCAUUUACACCCACACAAUCAAUGUCGCAUUUAAGUAUAGGCGAUGAGACCGAUAAUGCUUUAUCACCCGCGGCUGCAUCUCUGCUUAAAGAUAAACAACGAUUGUUUGAGAAGAUACGCGAAUUGGGUUUAGAUUUUUUCACAGAAGAUUUCGAAGGUAUUACCGUUUCAACUACGAAAUGUUUAAGCUGUGAAACAAUAACCGAACAAAAGGAAACUAUGAUUGAUAUUGCUGUACCUGUGCCUCAGGCUGGCUAUGAAAGCAACGAACAUCCCAAUCGAUCGAGCUCGUUUAUACAAAAUUCAUGCAUAACACGUGAAUAUUUUCGCAAUGAGAAUAAAUAUCGCUGUGAACAAUGUACCGGCUAUACUGAGGCCAUACGUUCGAUAUCCUAUGAGGUUUUACCUCGUUUACUGGUCAUACAGUUAAGUCGAUUUUCCGGUGGUAUGGAAAAAAUUAACAGUUACAUUCCAACUUCCUUUACAUUGCAAUGUUUUUGCUCGAAAUGUUGCGAACUAAGCGAAGGCAAUAAAUUGCAUAUUUAUCGUUUGUACAGUGUUAUAACGCAUGUUGGGGCGACAAUGUCCGUUGGUCAUUAUAUCGCUUAUACGUGCUCUCUCGAUUUUGCCAAUGAAUAUAUUAAUUGUCCUAAGGAACAGCGACGGCGACGAUGUAGUCAUGAACGUAACAAUAUAACGGCACCUAUUACCGGCGGUCUAACAAUGACCACGGCAAAUACAACAACAAAUAUUUCAGCGUCGUCUAGUAUUACAUCAUCGGGUACUAGUUUUAUGAAGAAAAUGAAAUUUGGUCGCAGUAAGGCAUCGAGCAGUGGUGAUAUGAGUAAAAAUGCUAAGCAUUUAAAUGGCUUGACCGGGGCAAGUAAAGCCAUAACCAAUGGUAUUGGUAAAUUAAGUAUGAACGCGGGUAUCAAUCAUAAUACUCCAAUGAUAAAUACCACCUGCCAGAGUAUAAAUUGUUGUGCUAUGCGUUUAUGUGCCCAACAACAGCAACAACAACAACAACAGCAGCAGCAGCAGAGCAAUAGUAGCAGUUUCAGUGAUUUUAGUGAAGAUUCAACCGGUUAUCCAAAUGGUAGCGGUUACAUAACAACAACGCCUAUUGUAUAUCAUAACAAUCAUCAUGGGCAUCUGCAGGCAAUAAAUUCUUCGUCAACAUCUACUUCGGGUUAUAGUAGUACCGGGCGGGGUUCGAAGCAAUCUUCUUACGCAAGUUAUGGAUCGAAUGCUUGCACCGCUGAACCGAUUUGGUAUAUGUGCGAUGAUGAUAAAAUCAAGGCCAUGACACAACGAGAAUUUGAAGAUCUCCUAUCACCUGCCCGGAAAAUUACAAUAACGCCUUAUCUGCUAUUCUAUGCACGUUUUGAUUUACAGCCAAAUCAAACAGCCAAACAAAACAGUAGUGGCAGUAAUAAUACCCUAAAUAAUAGUAAUAAUAUAAUCGCGGCAGCAACAGGAGCAACCGAUACCGCUCAGGCCAAUUCUUGGUCAAAUGAAAGUUUACAAAAUACAGGCAUCCUCGGUAAUAUGCGUAUGUGAGAGAAAGCGUCAUUGGUAAAUGGACUUAAAAAAUCCCAACAGAAACAAC